AUGAACCCAUAUCACCAUUACAUUCUAACAGGUAUCAUUGAAGACUAAGAUGACUUAUCUUCUGUUAAAUAGGAAGAAUGCUCUCAAUUCUAAUAUUAUGAAGAACAACCUCAAUUCAUUACUUAUGAGAAUUCUAAUCUUUGUUAAAUUGUUGCUUCAAUACUCAACUUAAAUGAAGAGUAUGUUGAUUGGUUUGCUCGCAAUAAACCUGUUGAAUUUGAAUCAAUGAUGCUAAAAGCAAAACGCAAAUUUUAUAGAGACAAAGCUAAAUUCCGCAUGCAAAUCUUACAACCUCAUCUCUAUUCAGCUCAACAGCCUCAAGAGCCUAAGAAAGCCAAAAGGGGUAGAAAACCUAUCAAAUGUGCAGAAAAGCAAUUUGUUGAAGAUAAUAGCGAUCAGUAUCAUUUGUUCUUAUUUUUAGUGAUAAAAAAACGAUACAAAUGAUAAGAAAUAGGAUUUCUGCUUAGAAUUCUAGAGAUCGAAAAAAAGCUUAUCUCAAAGAAUUGGAAUAGAGCAGUGCUUUAACAAGCAGAGAAAAUGAUUUAAUUCGGAAGCAAAUAGAAGAACUUUUUGUUGCAAAUGAAGAAAUUGAAAAAUAAAAUAAUAACAUUCUCAAGGUAUAGUUUUCAUUUUAUUUUAGUGUAUCAAAGUCUUUAAAUAAUAAUGUUUGGAAUCCGAUGAAUAAUUUGCUUAAGAGAUACUAAAGUAAUUAGAGUAAUUUUAAAGUGACACUGAAUCAACUGCAUCCAAAAAAGUUAAGUUAAAUUGA